AUGCAACGCCGGAGGGCCAACCAGCUAAAUAAGGCCAAGAACAGUUUUAGCGAGGACGUGUGGACGGAUGUCAACACCUUUAUAUUGGUAUGUCAUUUGGCUAUAGUGGGGUUGUUUCGAGCUUGAUAUUGUUGUAGUAGUUGCUCUACUAAAUUUUUAGUUUAUAAAUCUAAGUUUUUGAUACUUUAUGCAUUAUUUAUUGUUGAAGGCUUAUUGUAACUGAUCUAACUCAUUAUUUUAAAAGUAGACAAUAAUUUAAGUUUUGGUAGCAUAGAUUAAUGGCGUGUUUAGGACAAUGUAAACGAAGUCUUAGUCCGUUUACAAGAUGGGUCAUUGGAUGAUGACAUUUGGGGUAAGAUAAUAUUGAUGGAGAAGGGCAGACGGCUGGCCAAGGCUUAUUUGAGGCAGUCGACUUUGAUUGUUGAUGGUGGAGAUGAGGAGUUCGAUGGCAAAACAUUGGGUUUCAAUUAUUUUGCUUCAACACACGCUGAUCACCAGAUUCAGGAGUUCCGGGAAAAGAUCGGCGAUGUAAGUUAAAAAUGUUGGCUAAGACUUGUGCCAAAUUUGAAUAAACAUUUUGUGAAAAAAUAUCUAAACUCACUUUUAGUAAUGUUUUACUAACAUUAUCAUUAACUUUUAAAGCUUAUCCUUUAAUUUUUUAAAUUUAAGGGGGUCAUAAUCAAAAUGGACAAUGGCAAUCUGAAGGCGAUGGCCGGUGGAUCUACCCCAGUCAUCGUGCAGAAUGUGAGAGAUUCUGUAGGAAGGAAUGUUUGUAUGUCAGAAGGCUUGAUUCAGUCUCACGGGAGGUUGCCAUGUCGCUCGAAUGACUACAAUAGCAAAGAGAAUAACGUAGUAAAAGUAAGUUUACCUUCAUUUUUUUUAUUUUUGUUAACAUUGGCAUUAUGUUUCAUUUUCUUACAAAAGAAUAGAAAUUUUUUAAUGUUUAUACUGCAAAAGGCAACUUUUAUGUCUUUUUUUAACUUUUUCUACUGAUUAAUGACAUAUUUUUUAGAUUUUUGACAUAAAAAAGUUCGAAAGGUAUGUAAAGUCAUUGAAGCUGGAAUCUGAAUCCGAGAAACAACACUUGCUUGGCAGAAGUUGUGUUAGAAUAGCACUAGUUAAAGACGGCCAAGAGAUGGCCAAGACCCCUUGUUGGUUUAUGAUCAUCAAUAUCAUAGCAGUUGACAUGAUCAAAGGUGCGUUAUUCUUUACUACAGUGUAAUCUUUUACAACUUUAAGAUAAUCUUCGUGAAUCUUAUAUAAACCUUUUUUUGUUAUACUGUAACAUUUACAGACAGAAUAUCGGAGUUGUCGUCAGUCCCACAAGUGUUACCUCAACUACAACAACAGUUUUCGACUGCUGAUCUGACGCAACUUUUGUUAUCAGCUAUGCAACGUCAGCAACUUUCUCAACUGGCUUCUUCCACUUCUAUCGACCUACUACAACUUGCAUCGUUAGCUGGUUCUCUCGCUCCGUCCGGCGCACAAACACCAGUACUAGCACCAAAAGCUUCAAAACGGUCGAAAAGGCUUCUAAAUCGACUGAAAAGUCAGGAUUCUGAAGAGAGCGACGUCGAGCAGUCGUCUGGAUGCUCAUCGGAGCCUUCCGAGAAAGAAAGUUGUUGUAGUUCAAGUAUAAGUUCAGAUGGUGAGGCUCUGAAGAGGUCGUUUGACAAGCUGCAUGUAUCUUCCGACCGAAAAGCUUAUCGACCGAGAUUGGAUACGGUACUCAAGAUGUACGACAAACAGAAGAGCGCUUCAGUGACGUCUGGUUACAGUAGUCCAGUGGAGAACUUUGAUUCUUGGGGUAGUUCUAAAACUAAAAGUGAAACUGUAAGUUUUCGUAACUAAUUGUACUUUAAGUUACAGUAAGCUUAAUGUGAUUAGAAGGUUAAAUUGAAACUUUAUGUAUGGUAUUAUUAGUAAUGCAUUUUAAUGUUUUUACAGUAUGAAGGAGAUGGUGGAGAGCUGGUAGAAUUCCAAGAAAAGCCAGAGAGUCGUCCAAGUAAGAAAUAGAACCCACUUGCUUACCGUAACCCUCGCUUUACCCUUUUUAGCUUCGGUGGCGGACAAAGAUUACUCUAUUUACAACUGGACCAAUGGUACCAUAUACAAAGGUUCAGAAUCCGGCUUCGAAGCCAGUAACACUUCGGUCGCUUUUACCAAGUACGAUAUUAAUUUAGUUUUCUUUAUGUUGCCAUCGCUUUUUACGUUAUAUCAUCUGAGAUUUUGGUUAUAUGAUUUACAGUUUACCACUUUAUCUUGUAACAGGACUCUUGCUUAUUAUUAUUUAUGCCAUUUUACCUUAUAACCUCUGAUACCGUACCUUUUAAGCUUUGCUUGUUUCCCCGCUUCAUCGUUACAACCAGCCGACCACGCCCAACACUCCUCGGUAUAUCCUCAUCCUCUAUAUAACCUGCUCUUAUCGUAUUUUAGGCAAACUAUGUCGAUCGGCCAAGACCACCGACUUCAAGCAGCUGCUCGAGGCAUCCAACCAUAAUGGCGGAAGCGAUGCGAGAUUCAGAAGAUUCAAGUAAGUUUACACAGCGCGUUAAGUAAUCCAUUAAGCAGCUUCGAACAAAUUCAUUUGGCCCCGGAGAAAGCAAAAUGGCCUCAGGACAAGAAACAGCGACUGGCCUCGCGGGUAAGCUACAGUACUCUUCGGUAAACAUUGUCGUUGGGGGUGAACAUCCCUAACAUACGGGAUUUAAGGGAGACUGUGUUCAGAAUAUAGUGUUUUACCGAUGAACCAUUGAUAAUAAAAUCUUAGUUACUCAAUAUACUUCAUACAACCACCUAUAACAAUAUAAUCAGUAUGACAAUCUAAUAUACUCUUCAGUUUCUUAAUCAAUCGGACUCGCGAAUCCGACAACCGCUCGGUCGUUUACUGCACGGCAUGUCAUCUGGUCGUCGCAAACUGUCAGUGUCAUCGGAGGUCGGUUCUCACAGCACGUCCGACGUUCCGACAGCGUUCGGUCGGCCUGCUCGGGCGACUUCGGCGGUCGGUCGGCGGACAAACAACAGAGAAAUGAGGCCUGUAUUCAAUUAAUUAUUUUCGGGUUGUUAAGUUACUUUAAUAUCUUCAUCCUAAUAAAUCGUCAUCCUCAAGUAUUUUUGAAUAAGCUUUUUGAUAGCGAAGCAAAAGUUAAGCUUAAUGUGUUAAAAAAGCUAUCUAUAAAGAAAUCAUAAACCACUCGGAACCACCGGAUUAACCGAGAAGGAAGCUAUCGACCGGUAUGGCAAGGACAACAUCACCAUCUACCGCUCCAAGUUCAACCCCAUGUACUACGCUGUCUGCAAACACAAGGAGCCAGCUCUGUUCAAGCUGAUCUGUGCUGGUCCAGAAGAGAAGGUGGUCGGUGUCCACAUCCUUGGUCAAGGUGCAGAUGAGAUUCUCCAAGGAUUUGGUGUCGCUGUCAAGAUGGGAGCCACCAAGAAGCAGUUCGACGAGUGUGUAGCCCUCCACCCAACUAGUGCUGAAGAGUUGGUCACUCUUCGUGGCGGCUCAAAACCCCAGUAA